CAACUGCUUGCUCAAGCUCUCUCUCUCUCUCUCUCUCGUCUUCUCCAAGCACACCUCCUCGACAAGAAACCCAGCAAAACACUCGCAUCAGCUAUUGAUAAACCCUCUUUCUUCGAAUUACGAAAUUUAGAAGCAAAAGCAUAAUGGGGUUGACAAACUUCAUUAUAACAGUAGCUGGUGUAAGUGCUGUGAUUCUUUUACUAAGGAGCGAUGUGAAGCAAUCUGCUACUAUCCUUAGACGCAACGUCAAGCAUAUCCGCCACUGGCUCGAAGAAGAAACUGCCGCCGCUUCCAAGGCUUCAAAAGAGGCAUCACCUAAGGAACUGGAAUCGAAGGUCCCUCGAAAGGACAUCCCCAAGGAGGACUAGCACUAUUGUCUUGCAUCGAGUAUAGAGUUGCUAAUAUUUCCUUUUAAUUCCAUGAAUAUGAUGGUUUGGUUAAAGUCAAGAAUUGAUGUUGAGAGAGUCCAAACUUUAUUUUGUUUUAUCCUUCUGGCGGCCUUUAGUAUGUUGAUAUGUAUCUACCAAACUGAUGAUAUUGAUAAUGGAAGUUCUGUUUUUGUUCGGCUUCA